CUCAUACAUGGUUUAUUACUUAUUAGAAGAAAAAUGUUCAUUGAUAGGGGAAGUGAUGAUAAAAGAACAGUGGAGUGAUUAAGUGAUGAAGUGAUUCUCAAGUGAUGUGUAAGUGAUCAAGUGAAAAUGGAAGGUCCGGAUCAGCGGAGCAGUCAAGUUUCUCUAGCAGAUGAGGCCACUCCAGUGGAAGCAACAUCGGAAGAGAACGACAUUUCUGUGAGUGAGGUGGCCGAUUUGCUUCAUCAGCAGUAUGUCAUAAUAACAGGAGGCAAAUCACCAGAAGGGUUUCCCUUGAUCACACUUCCUGAUCAGGGUAACUUUGCCAAUCUGAACGAUGCCGAUUAUCAAAAGCUCGUGUUGUAUCUGACUUCUGUGCCUUCAAUGCAAGAAGCUGACAUGGGCUUUGUGCUGGUGGUUGAUCGGAGAAACGACAAGUGGAGUUCUGUUAAGACUACUUUACUCAAGAUAUCAGGAUUCUUCCCAGGUAUCUUAAAUGUGGCUUACGUGAUUCGACCCUCAGGAUUUUUCCAAAAAGCAAUAUCUGAAGUUAGCAAUAAGUUAUUUAAAGAAGAGUUUAAAUUCAAAGUAGUUGUUUGUAGCUGUGUGGAAGAGCUACAUCAGUAUGUAGACAAAAGUGAACUGACCACUGAUCUAGAGGGAACCAUGCCUUACAGUCAUUCCCACUGGAUCCAGCAGCGCAUUGCGCUGGAGCAGUUCUCUUGCCAAACUCGUGCUGUUUCAUUGUCUUUGGAUGAGUUUACAAGACGACUCAGAGAGAGCGCAACUGAGCUUGGCGCCGGUGCUACACUUGAGGUGGCUCAUCAGCUGUUAGUGGCCCAGGGUGGAGAGUAUGCCAAGCUCAAGGAGGACAUACUGUCUGCAGCCAAGCGAGGGGAGACUCUACUGGGAGACAUCAGACAGAGACUGCAAGGCACUCCCACUAAGGAGCCUUCCUCUCUAGCUAACAUUACAGCGGUGGAGAGACUACUAGUGCAGCUGGAGGAGACGGAGCGAACGUUUGAUGAGUUUUGGCAACAACACUCUGCAAGGCUACAUCAGUACCUGGAGCUAAAGAGGUUUGAGCAGGACUUCAAGGAUAUCCAGGGAGCACUUGAUAGACAUCUCAAGUCUGUCAGUGAGAUGACUGAGGUUGGGGAGACAGUGGACAGAGUGGACAUCCUCAUCAGGGAGCUGGUGGUCUUUCAGAAGAUAUGUGUGAGUGAGGUAGAGAGAGCAGAAGAGCUGGUCAGCUGUGGAGAACGUAUGUUGCGAGGGAGACACUACCUACACCUGGAUUGUGUCGCUCCCAAGUGUGAGGAAUUGCAACGGAUGAGUGUCACUCUAGCAGACCGUCUGCAGAAGAGGUCGGAGUUCCUGGCAAAGUGUAGAGAGCUGCAGGAGAGCAUUGAUAAGGCGAAUGCUUGGUGUACUCAAGGCAUAGACCUGCUGGCGUCGCAGCACACAGAGAAGUGUUCUUGUAGUGCGGAGAGUGCAGAGGCUGCGUUGGCUGAACUCGAGGCGUUCAUGUCGUCUGCGUCACAGUUCAAGGUCAGCAGCCCGCGGGAGUUCCACACACUCUUCCAGGACUCCAUCACUCCAGAGACGAAGGCUCUGGUCACUCAGGUAUUGCAGAGGAUAGCUGAUGUGACGACAAUGUGUGACAAGCGUGUGAGCAGCUUGAAACGUGUAUCACGUCGUCCGCCUCGCCCUGUACAGACUGUGACACCGGAGCCUGCUGUGCCUCUACAGACCCCCACUCCUCUACCUGCCCCACCACCCCCGCCUGACACUCACAAGGCCAAGCGUAACCAUGUGCUGACUGAAUUGCUGGACACUGAGCGGCUCUAUGUGGCGGAACUGGGGUCUAUACUGACUGGUUAUAAGUAUCAGAUGUCAGAGGAGGACAUGAGGACUCUCCUACCAGCUGGACUGGAGGACAAGGCAGAGGUGUUGUUUGGUAACCUGGAGGAGCUGUACAGGUUCCAUGGAGAAGUAUUCCUGAAGGACCUGGAGAACUGUAUUUCUACCACGGAGCUGGUGGCGUUGUGCUUUACACACAGGAAAGAGUCAUUCUACCGACUGUACAGCUACUACUGCCAGAAUAAGCCUCGGUCUGAGCGGUUGAUUGCUUCACUAGGAGACAACGCUUUCUUUGUCACUUGUCAACGCAAGCUCGGCCACAAACUGCCACUGGCGGCGUACUUACUCAAACCUGUGCAGCGCAUCACCAAGUACCAACUGCUGUUAAAGGACCUGCUCCAUUACAGUGAGGGACAGAAGUGGUGUGGGGAGCUGCAGGAGGCUCUAGACUGUAUGUUGGUGGUACUCAAGUGUGUGAACGACAGCAUGCAUCAGAUCUCUAUCACUGGAUACUGGGGAGAUUUGGCUGAGUUGGGAGAGCUGUUGAUGCAAGGAAGCUUCUCGGUGUGGCCGGAGAGCAAGAAGGAUCGACUACGAGACCUGAGACUGAAGCCCAUGCAGAGGCAUAUCUUCCUCUAUCAGAAGGCACUCAUGUUCUGUAAGAAGUCUGCGGACCACAACAAGGCUAGCUACCACUUCAAGCGGAUACUGAAGAUGUCCCAAGUGGGCUUGACAGAGACAGUGAAGGGGGAUGGAAGGUCGUUUGAGGUUUGGCUGCAGGGGAGACAAGAAGUUCACAUCAUACAAGCAGCGACAACGCAACUGAAACAGUCAUGGGUGGACCAAAUCAAGAAACUACUGCUGGACCAACUGACUGAGCUCAAGAUCAAACAAUACAAGUCACAGCACCUGCCACUGAGACAGACCUACUCACUAGACAACACACUGGUCAGUGGUGUACCUCCCAGCCGCACACUCAGCGUAGACGAGUCAGUGUCUCAUAGUCACAGUCCAGCUCCCAGCAGCAACAGUCAGCCUACAGACGACGAUGUGGCUUGGUCGUCAGACUAUACCAACAGUGAGGAAGACGAACCUCUCACAGAACAUGGAGGGAGGUUUGUAGCACUGGCAGACUACUGCGCCGUGGGACACAGUGAGGUCAACAUGAGGGAAGGUGAUGUUGUUGAGUUACUCAAGGUGGGAUGUGCUGGAUGGUGGUACAUCAAGCAUAUUGGUGAGUGUGGUGGCGGAGGGGAGGAGGGCUGGGUUCCAGCUGCCUAUUUGGAACACUGUUCUCGGAAAACUUCCAGAAGCAGUCAGUCAGUGACAAGUCAAGUUUCGAGCAAUGCAGAUUGAUCUUAUCAGUUGUAGGCAAUGCGGUAAUCAGGCAUACAACUCGACCACUGAACCCAGAAGUAUUUACCAGUUAAUUGUUAAUGAUUUAUUUUUAUUUAGUUUUAGUUGCCUAAGGUGCAAUGUGAUGCAACAAUUUAGUUUUACACCACUGCUGAACAAUUUAAGUGGUCUCGUGCUAAUAUUUUAUUUUAUACUAAUUAUAAGAUUACUUUUCUUCUUCAUUUUUGUUUCAAAAAUUGUUUGGCAAUUAAAAGAGAGCUAAUAAGGUUUUAAAAUACUAGUUCACUUUAAAUAUUUGAUUUAUUUUGAACUUUAGCAAAGAUCAUACUAAACUUGUCCUAUGAGAUCAUUUUUUCCCCUGGAUUGUUCUGUGUUAAAUGGUCUCGCAAGCAAUUAUUUACUACUUUUGAACCUAUAUUUAUUUUAUCUUGUAUUUAUAGCUGUGAAUACGAACUCUGACUAUAUUUAUAAAUAGUUCAAAAUGUUUCUAGUCAUGAUUUGAUUUCCUAUUAUAUUAUUGAUAAGAAAACUAUUGCAUUCAUUCCUAACUACUUUAGAUUAUUAGAAUAUACAAAUCUUGCCAGUUCGACAAUAACUUUCCAGGUUUGGUUUGAAGAUAAACUAGUGAAUUCAGUUUUAACCAAGAUUUUAUGGAUUAAAAAUGGUAUAUGUGUGACGUACUUGUUCACUUUAUAGAAGUUUUUACAGAUUUGUAAACUUUCAGGAUUAUUCGUAAAUCAAAAAUGUAUUGAGGAUUAUUUAUUUUGUUAAUCUUAAGAUAUUUAGAGCUGGUUAUGUUAUGCAGUUUUUAAUUUGUAUUUUAUUGUAAAUGGAACAAUCAUAUUUGAGAUCAGCUAGUUGAAAAUAAUAUUUUAUGCAUGAUAUACAAAACUAAUGGCAAUUUAAGUUACUGAAACCCCAUACUAUAUAAACUAUAUUGUAAAUGGUUUAAAAUUUAUUUAUGUUUUGAUGUACUUUUUUUAAUAGUUUAGGUUGAUCUUUUUAUUUUAGUUUCAUAGUAUGUGUGUAAAUUUGUAUCAAGCUUUAAAAAAAAUAGAAACCUUGUAAUCAUAGUUAUUUUUAUAACUUAUGAAAAUUUUGUGACAUUACAGUUGUUGGUAUCUUCUUCAUUUAUAAUUUAACACUUUUGGUUAGCAUCUAAAUCUAUCCACAGUUAAUGAUGGGAUUUGAAGUCCCGGGACCACAGGGACUGAAGUCCCGCGCUCUAACCACUACACAAGCUCGCUCCCCACAGUUGAGUACCAUCUUAAACUAAAGAAAACCCAUUUGUUGCUAGAAAAUAUGGGAACACCAAUGACAAUGAUUAAUAAAAGGACAAUCAAUUUUGUUUUGUUAUUUUAUCAGUAUUUGAAAUUGUAAAUGAGAUCCAAACAAACUUUUCAAAUGUAUAAAAAAGAUAUAUGUACAUUAUAAACACUGUUGUUGUAACAAGUAAUGUCCAAAACCUUUCCUUUAAACUUUUGUCUAUGGUGUAUUUUUUUUAUCUUGCAAAGUAACAGGACUAAUUAGUGAGUCUAUUGAAUUUAUUGAAAUGCAGCCAAUUACUAUUUUCUGUUCCUGUUGAAGUAUCAAUGUCUAUCUUUGUGUAAAGGAAUUACCAUUGAUGCUACAUUGAAAGUGCUAAAUAGUUGUAACAGUAUUAAAAUAGUUUUACUGUAAUAAACAAGUAGUAACAAAUUCCAACUAUUAUAUACAAUUUUACAAUAGUAAAAUAUACUUCCAUGUAUUGCAAUAUGUAAUAGUAUCUUUUAGAAGAUUUUUUGUAGUUUUCUUAACCUGUUCAUCUUUGAUUUGUAUCCUUUUGUCUAUAAAUGCUAUAACUUGCUCAAUAUCAACAAGUCAAUAAUAUACUGUAGCCAUAACUAAUCAUAGUCCAUCACACUGUAGACAAAAUGGUCUAGGGAACUUUUCUAUAUUAUGUAGAUGCCAAAGAGUAAUUUUGAGUAGUCUUUUGAGAUAAAUUUUAAUUUAAAUUUGUCGAUAUUUUAUUUAUCUGUCAAUUAUUUUAGGUACUCAUGAGUGUAUUUUUAAAUUAACAUAAAAAUUUACGUAUAUUAGGACACCAAACCAGGUUUUACAUUGGUUGUUAGUUUUAAAUUAAAGCAUUGCCUGGGUUUUGUUAUAAUUUUUGGACUUAGGGAAGGAAUAUGAUUUACUAACUACAGUUAGCUGCAGACAAGGCAUUUGUAGCUUGUUGUAAACUUAAUUGUAAUACUUAAUUUUUGUACUGAAUAAACGGCAUUGUCAGCAUUAAAUCUGCCGAGGGAGAUAGAUUAAUUGGAUACACUUCCAUGAAGAGUAAAACUAGAAUGAAAAAUUGGAAAAGGGAAUUUUAGAAAAUUAAUAUACUUUGAUAAAUCAAUAUAGGCUACUACUAUGAUAUAAUAAAUUAUAAUACCUCAAAAGUAUCAAUGUAUUAAAGAACUACACAAAUGUAUCUUCUAACUUUCUUCUUAUCUUGUAUAUUAUGGGUAUUACUUAUUGUAUAUUGUAGUAAAUAUUUGUACAUAAAUACAUGUUACAAGGGCUUCCUCGGCUUCCCGACACGUAAUAUCUAUAAAAUAAUCGCUAAAGUGUAUAUAUUAAUAUUCAUGUCAGAAUAUCUAAAGGUUUUAGACAGUUUUAACGUUUUUGUAUUGUUCAUUUGCAUUGCAAGCACAAAUACUUUUAGAGGA